AUGAGCUCUAUCGCAGUCGGUGUUUGCGGGUCCGCUGCUCUGGCGGUCGCGUUGGCUGGCGCCCUCUACGCCGUCAACGCCUCCUUCACGAGAGUCCCCAAGAGGAUCAGAGACACGACGACUUCCGCUUGGUUGAGGGCAUGCGCUAUCCUGACGACGAUAUGGAUCGCGAUAUGGCUGAUCACUGCUAUCAUAAACGCCGUCUUCAUCAUUACUCUCCGGCUGCCACUUUUCCUGUAUAGACUUUCACAACACUUGACUAUGCUUAAUGCUCUCACGGGCGCAUCAUCUAUAUGCUUGCUCCUCAUCAUCCAGACCGUCAUUCUGUCCAUCAGCACUUGGAACGCAGGUUCCCCGAUCCGCGACUUUGUCCAUGGGGCGUAUCGCUUCAUAAUCCUGGGUCUUCUUCUGCUCUUGCCUCUUUCAGUAGCCAGCGUUGCCUUGUCCGAGUAUCACUACUUGAACAGCGGCGACAUGGGUCAUCUGCGAUCUAUCAUUGCUCUUUUUCUCAUCGACGGCUUCAUCGCCAUCAUCAAACUCGUUGCAGUUGGUUUGAACUUGAUCUUCCUUCGAUCCAAAGCUCGCUCUUCCCCAGUCCCAUACCAUAAACCCCUACUCAUCAUCAAUCUCUUGUCAUUCGGGCGGGAUGCCUUUCAAGUCAUCUUCAUAUCCCUCAUCAGACUGGGACUCGCUCGCAAAAACGGUAGAUACCUACCAGUCAAUGCCAUCAUCGUGCUGUCCGUGUUGAGCAUCAUCAUCGUCUCCUGGGCAACUGUGGCCUGUCUCGUUAUGGUGGUCGAUAUCGUCGCAGAUUAUGCCACCGCCCCAGCCGAGCCAGCUGUACAGCCAGACGAACAACCAGACGAGACUAGUCCUCUUCUAGGGCGCGACGAGAGUCGGGUUGCCACGGCUGCGUAG